UUUUGUACUGAGACAAAUUGUUCUUGAAUUUCAGCCGUAAUGGAUGAAAACAAUGAGGACGAAGAACUGAAUGAAGCGGAGGAGAAACACCAUCCUGUUGAAACUGGAGAACAACCGGAGCCAAGGCCAAAAAAAACUUUUGCCUGCCCUCAGUGUGGAAAGACUUUCAACUACAAACACAACCUUCAGGUUCACAUGAGAGUUCACACUGGAGAGAAGCCAUUCGUGUGUGAUUAUUGUGGAAAGAGUCUCAAAUACGAGAGAAACUUUCAAGAACACCGGCGAACUCAUACCGGAGAGAGACCCUAUUCAUGUGUUCACUGCGGAAAGAGUUUUGCUAACAGAAACACCUUUAAGAUCCACACCCGGAUCCACACUGGAGAGAAGCCUUUCGCAUGCUGUCUGUGUGAAAAGAGAUUCACACAAGCAAGAGCUCUCAAAUCGCAUCUGCUUUCUCACUCUGGAGAAAGACCGUUUCACUGCGAUCAGUGCGACAAAACCUUUCUUACAGCGCUAUCCCUGAGAAAGCACACGAAAGUCCACACGCGCGAGAAACCUCAUGUGUGUUUGUUGUGUGGAAAAGCUUUCACAGAGCUUGGAUCUUUAAUCGUGCACCAGAAAAGACACGAGGGUCUGAAGAAUCACAUAUGUGGUGAGUGUGGGAAGUCGUUUAUUACAAAUAGUGAACUGAAAGUGCACCAGAAAGUUCACUCUGGAGAAAAACCUUUCCAGUGUUCAUACUGCGACAAGAGAUUUAAUCAAUCCGGACAUCUGAAGACACACGAGAGGAUCCACACCGGAGAGAAACCGUAUCCCUGCACGGCAUGCGGGAAGAGCUUCAGUCAGUUUGCGUCUCUUCUCAGACAUAAAGGCACUAAUAUCUGCAAUAGUUUUGACAAAACCUGAUGAUUUGAAAAUCAUAAGUGGUGUCGGAAGUUAUGUAAAUAACUUCUAUCAACUGUAAGGUGCAAAGUGACCCAGUAAAUAUGCUAUUCCUCGAUUUCUCAAUUGGAAAGAGCAAAAAAUGAACAAAGUAAACUAGAAAUUCAUUUUGAUGAUCUCCUUGUCCAAAGGAUUCAAAAGGCCUCAAAGUAAAAA